CGCCUAAGAAGCGCGAAACACUAACCAGAAUAUAUUUCGAUCCGCACAGUUGUACCUCAUCAGAUCGGUUCAAAUAAGAAAAGUAAAAUGAAAUGCUUUUGGGCAUUUGUGGUGGCACUGGAAAUGUGUUUUCAACUGGGAGCGGGUAACGCCGUGGACCAAAAUCGGGAGUUGAAGAAAAUGCGACUUCCACUGGGUGACCUCACCCAUGUUUGUCGUGGUCGCGAAGAGGGCGAAUUGGUGGCCCACCCAUUGGACUGUAAUGGUUACUUCGCCUGUUCCCGGAUUCCCACUCUCAUUUAUUGCGAUGAGGGGCUUCAGUUCGAUGAAGAUCGUCGGGUUUGUGAUCUGCCGGAGAACACCAUCUGCCGGCAGAGUGAUUCUUCAUUCCCGAAUUCUGGCCAAGUACAGAGUGGUCUAGCCGAAACCUCCGAACUGCAGUGGUGGCCCCAUAAGCCUCGUCCUGUUUUCGUGGCCGUUGAUGUGAAUAGCGGGGAGCAGGUUAAUCCCAUGGAGAAGUACGAUCCAAAGGAUAUCGAAUGCCGGCACUUUGGCGCCUACUUCCUGCCCCAUCCUAGCAACUGCCGGCUGUACUUCAUCUGCGCCUACGGCCAUCUGCAUCGUCACCAGUGUGGGCGUGGCACUCGAUGGAAUUACGAGAUGUCCGAGUGUCAGUUGAGCGAUCAGGCCGUUUGCUAUGGACAUCCCAAGGACGAGGAUCCCGUGGAGGAGGUGGAGAUUAUUGUGGGCAGCACAACGCCAAGCAGUGGAGCUCCUGUUACCGUCUGCUAUAUUGUGGGUUCCGGUGGACUCACCACUCUUCAACAGCUGCUCACGGACCCGGAGACCACGGAGGUGUCUACCGUCACUGUACCAGUUCCUCCGCGAGCCGAAACCAGUGCCGCCGUCACCGCCGCCCUCACGUGUCCCUCCACCGAACAGAGUUACAUGCCACAUCCGGAGGACUGCAGCAAGUACUACAUCUGCAUCGGGGGCAUGCCGGUGCUGACCUCCUGCCCCAAGGGUCUCUUCUGGGACCAGAAGUCGGGCUACUGCGAGAUGGAGAAAAAUGUCAAGUGUUUCCACAAGUGAAAAAAAUAAAACAAGGUUAUGGAACAUUCAAUUGUUACUGUAUUUGAAUAAUAUAUAUAUUAUAUAUUAAAUAUAAAGUUUAAAAAUACAGAGCAAUAAAAAUAAAAAUAAAUGAUAAUUAAAAUGGGGAUUUUUCAAAGAACUGUAGCCAUCGUAAGUCUUUGCCACAAAAUACUUUUUUUGUGAGCAGUUUCAGGACUUUCCUUCUCAAUUUUAUUCGAUUGCCAGGGAUAGUUCUUCACCGCGUUCAAAACUUUCUCCCAAAAGCUCAGUAAACCUGGCUCGGUGGGUCCUCCAUUUUGGCCAACUUCCUCAGCGGAAAUACUGGCCAAAAUCACAGCAAUAAUGGCGAAGAUGGCCAAUUUUCGUGCGAAGGUUGCUUGCAUUUUGAGUCA